AUGGCUACGACGACUUGGCAAGGUUCGCCAGAGGGUCUCAGCCCUGACUGGAUUUUCUCCAACAAUUCCAACGUGCACGCGUGCAACGACCGGAAAUGGUUCACCGAGUUUACGCCCUUCCCGAGCAUUGUCAAUUCGACUACCUUCGUUAACGGCGGAACCCCUGUGGAAGGCGUCGGAACCGUCAACCUCCCAGUCAAGCGAGGCCCCAACGCCCGCGGGCCGCAAGCCCAUCACAUAAUUCGUCUGACAAACGUUCUCUACGUCCCUUCGAGCAUCUGCAACAUGGUCGGCAUGCCCAUUUUCGAGUCUGGCGUUGCUAAAAUACGCCUGGGUAUGGAGUCAAACACGAAGGGCGGUUUGGAAGACCACAAUGGCCGCCCAGUCGCGUAUUUCUCUCCCAACGCAAGGCUUCUUUCCUUGAGACUCAGCGGCCCACCCAUCGGCCCACAACUAGCAGCAUCCAGAUUCGAUCCUAAUACACUAUACGCGCUGAGUAUCAGGUGGCCUGAUGACGAAAGGAAGCGCUGGGAGGCCCAUCGUCGACAAGAUAGAACAGACGACGAGAAGGAUCAAUGGAUCGGAGACCAGCCAUAUACCGCUGAGGAAAAGACAUGGCUCAAGAAGCACUUUACAAACGAGUUCAAAUUUCUCAUGACUUAUGGACUUUCAAUCUACGAUGAAGAGGACCGAGCAGAAGGCCGAGCCAUUGCACGCUCAAUGAUGCGCGCUGACGAGCAUGCUCAUGGAGCUGAGCUGGAUGGGCAAUAUCAACAGAGUGAUGACGAAGAAGUAGAAGUAGAAGAAGAAGAGGAAGAAGAGGAGGAGGAGGAUGAGGAGGAGGAAGACUUCGAGAGGCACCUUGCUGAUCACCACUUCGACGAGCAUCAACUGCGCUGGAUCGAGGAGAAUUUCCGGGAUUCUGCCAACUUCAUGCACUCCUUUGGCCUGAAGUUUUACAACGACGACGACUGCGAAUCUGCUAAAAAGAUCGCUCGAUCCCUCAUGAACUACUGA